GCGGGCAUCAUCUUCGGGGGGAUCCAUUGCUUGGCAUGGUCAUUUCCCUUUCCAACACCCAAGGAGACCCUUCUGUGGCGGAUUUCAGCGAUAAUUAUUGUGGCGUGCCCUAUUCCUUAUGCCUUGCACAUGUCGAUACGACGGAUCACUCUCCUCCCUGCAGACAAUAUUUAUCGUUCUGCUCUUGGAGAUUUUCGCUUUACUAUAACUCAUUGCCAGGCUACUGAUGUUUGCUCUUCCGUAGUUGAACUAUGUGGGUUACUCAUGGAAGCCUCUUACAUUAUUGCCCGGAUUACCUUGCUUGUUCUUACCUUCACUUCUUUGCGUUCGCCUCCCCCUGAUCUUUACCGGACCCCAUCUUGGACCUCAUUUCUUCCACAUCUUGGAUAG